AUCGCCCACCCACAUAGAGCAGAGAGAACAGUCUAACCAGCCACAUCAACAUAAUGCAGGGAGGAGACUCGCGCAGCCUCACAGAGCCGCCUUUCAUCGCCCGCGUGAGCGUCUCAAUCAAAAGGAAAUGGCAGCAUCUGCUGGACAAGAGCACCAUCCACGUGUACGGUCGCUGGGGUGUGGCACUUGGCCUGCUAUUGCUUUAUCUCGUGCGCGUGUUCUACCUCAAUGCCUUUCACAUUGUGACCUACGGCCUGGGCAUCUACCUAUUAAACCUUUUUAUCGGGUUCCUGUCGCCUCAGAUGGACGCAGAAAGUGAUGGCCCGCUGUUGCCUCACAAGCAGAGCGAGGAAUUCCGGCCGUUCACGCGUCGCGUACCUGAGUUCCAGUUUUGGUACUCUACAUUCAAGGCUACCAUUGUGUCCCUGCUUAUGACGCUCAGCAGCGCCUUUGACGUGCCCGUAUUCUGGCCCAUCCUGCUCAUCUACUUCAUCGUGCUUUUCGCGCUCACCAUGAAGCGCCAGAUUAAGCACAUGUGGAAGCACAACUACGUGCCAUGGGACCACGGUAAACAGGUCUACAAGGGAAAGAAGAACGCCAAAUAG